AUGGAUGAUAAGAUCCAGGAUCCUGUGGUGCGUGCGUUGGCAGAGUACAUCAAGACGCCACAGUUCCAGCGCCAGUUCGAACAGUUUUUUCUGGAUCAUGCGCUUACCUUCACGGACGCCCUGGAACACCAACUCGCGUAUAUGACUAUCUACAUUGAGUUCCAGCACAUGUUCAACGAGCACAUGAAGAUCUUUCUGACGCAGCAGGGAGUGACUGAGGACGAGUUUGCUGAGCACUGCCAAAAGGCUAUCAAAGUUGACCCAAAGGCCGAACAAUACCUUGAAAUCGUGAUCGCGUCCAUGGACUAUGACGCGUUCUACGGUCUGAUGAAGUCGAUGCGAGCACGUGCCUCUGUCGAAAACCGUCGCGCUGAUGCGAAAGACUGUGAUACUGCUUCGAGGACUUCUGGAAAACGUAAGAGCUCGGAGGGUAAGCCCAGCAAGGAUGAAGAGGGUCCAGAAGAUAUAGAAGACGAUGGAGGAGCAAAAGGGGCGAAAGGUACGAACAACGAUGAGAAAGACGCAGUAGGAAUGGACAGCAAAGACAGCAAGUAGGAAGAACGGCACUACUGCCUGAUUGUUAUGCCAAUUCCUGGCUAGUUGGGAAUAAAAAAGAUGAAGAACCA